AUGGAUGACAAGGAACUGCAGCGCUCCAUCAAGGAGCUCGUCAAAGCCGUAGGAAACGAGACGCAGGAGACCAUCAUUCGCAUGCUCGAGAACCUGAAAAAGGCGACGCCAUCUGAGGACAGUCUGAGGGCGACCAAAGCAGGCGUGGUGGUUGGCAAGCUACGAUCAAAUUCGGAUAAGAGCAUCGCGCGCGUCGCCGCGGAGGUGGUCACCAAAUGGAAGAAGUCGGUUGAAGCGGAGAAGCGCAAACGGGCGGGAGGUGCCGCCGGCGCCUCGUCACCCGCUGCCGCGUCGUCACCGACCAGCAUGAACGCACCCUCGCCGGCUGCGGCGUCCAGGCCGCUGGGAAGCGGCAACGGCAGCAAGCCGUGGACGGGCGAUGCCUCGAAGCGACGCUGGGACGCGGACAAGGUAGACAAGAAUCGUACCGGUAACACGACGCGAGACAAUAUUAUUGGCUUGAUAUAUAACGGGCUGGCGUUCAAGUCGUACGCGCCCAUCGACGCGAUCCUGGCCAAGUCGGUCGAGAUCGAGCAGGCCGCCUUCGUGGCCUACAAGGGCGACACGGCCGACUACAGGAGCAAGAUGCGCUCCCUCUUCUCCAAUCUCAAGUCCAACCGGGACCUGGCAAAGCGCGUCUUCUCUGGCGAUAUUGCUGCUGCCAAGUUUGUCGUAAUGACAUCUGACGAGCUCAAGUCGUCCGACCUGCGUAAGCAGGAGGAGGAGCUGGCCAAGGAGAACAUGAAGAAGGCACAGGUGCCCAUGGCCGAGAGAUCCAUCAGCGAUGCGCUCGAGUGCAGCAAGUGCAAGCAGAAGAAGGUCAGCUACACGCAGGCACAGACCAGGAGUGCUGAUGAGCCUAUGACGACGUUUUGUGAAUGCACCGUGUGUGGAAAUCGGUGGAAGGUGAGUUUU